UGUCAGACUUCAGACAAUACUUUACCGCCAUUUGCUGUUCAGUUGUAGCGUUCGUCAUUUAUUGAUAUUCUUUUUGUCAUUUUUUCAUCCGUAGCCUGUAUUCGUCAUCUCGCUGCCAUUGGCCAUUCCUGUAAAUCCGUAUUGUGGUCAUUUAACCUCGUUCGGUCUUGUUGAACGAUAAUUUUUUCUUCAUUUAAGAAAAUGCCUAGCCCCGUGAAAAAAGUGAAGUUGGAUUCCACUCUGUGCUCCGACUCGGUGCUGGCCUUUGCCAAGUUGACCGAACACGCCUACCCGCCGACGAAAGGCAGUCAGUUGGCCGCCGGUUAUGACUUGAGAAGUGCUUACGCUUACACCAUAAAAGCACAUGGCAAAGAGCUGGUAAAAACCGAUAUCCAAAUCAAAGUGCCGCACGGAACAUACGGUCGCAUCGCACCCAGAUCGGGUCUGGCCUGGAAGAACUUCAUCGACGUCGGCGCCGGUGUAAUCGAUGAAGAUUACCGUGGCAAUGUAGGAAUAGUCCUUUUCAAUCACUCUGAUGAUGAGUUCACAAUUCAACCGGGCGAUAGGGUUGCUCAGUUAGUGUGUGAGAAGAUAGCUUACCCCGAGAUAAGAGAGUUAAAAUCGCUCGAUGAAACCGAGAGAGGCGAAGGAGGAUUUGGUUCAACUGGAACUCAGUAAUUUGUUUUACUUUUCCUAUUAUAAUAACUAAGGUUUUUAAAUGUGAUAUACUAUAAGUAACAUGUUGGGACAUUCCAUGUGAUUUUUUUUUUUUAAUUUUGUAAACAAGGUAUUUAAUAAAUAAUA